UCUAGAACUACACAACUAGAACUAAAGAACAUGAAGAUGAUGGACUCCAUUGUUGGGAGAAACUGGACACUGACCUUCCUGGCUGGGACUCUGCUCUGGACCACCCGCUGCCUAGCUGCUCCCAUGCAGUGUCACUUCAACUCUAAAGGCCUGUGUGUGUACGAGGGGAGACACUACUCCCUGGGGGAGUCCUGGAUGGAGGACGGCUGUCUGCAGUGUACCUGUCUGCACCCCAUGGGCGUCGGCUGCUGUGAGACGGUGCAUCGCCCGGUAGACUUCCCAGCUUGGUGUGAGGUUCGGGUGGACGCUCUAGCCUGUAAAGUGACCCUGGUGCAGAGCGCUGACCCUCGCCUGCCCUGCCUCCCUGGGAAUGGACACAACCUGGGCCCCAGCCACAGCUCACGGGACAACAACUACCUGCAGAUGGUGGAGUAGACAGGGACCCCGGUCAGACAGUGGAGGGACGGCCUCAUUGGAAUGAAUGUCGCCAUUACAAUGAGCCCGUACUCCGAUUUAAAGUGGCAACAGCCUCCACUGGAGUCGGGAAGAUCAACUCCCUCCACCGCCGACCAUCUCCAUCCAUGUCAGUGUAAUCCUAACGGUCCAUUCUCAUUUCAGUUGCAGAUCAGUGAUCAGUUAACAUUUAAACCGCAUGAAUAUUACAAUACCUUAAGCAGUAAAUGAUACUCAGUUGGAAAGCAGAGGUGAGCCCACAUAAUGGAAUCCCUCAUUUACCACCCUGUAAUGCACUACUGUAAAGCUUUUAUAGUAAUAUAUAACUAUUGUUGUAUUUCUUCUGUCCCGUCUUGCAGUUAUCCUCUAAAUAAAAUUCUUGUUGCGUGAAAGUCAUUUGUUGAUUGUGUGGAUAAAAGGACUCCUUUCAGAUUCAUGUGGAUUUGAAUUUGACAUUUUAAUUCCUGAUUCACAUUGAACAGUGUUUCAUUAACAAUUUCAAAAAUACAGUUGUACAGCAUAUAGCCUUUGAAAAUAAAACACACUAUUCAUGUGACAAAGCAAUGGACUCUUUUGGGGGGUUUUGAA